UCGGUUAUCAAGAAAGCAAGGUGUUAUAUUUAACAUCAUUGAUAAAAAAUUUGCUUACAUCAAAAACAACUAUUUUUUACCCUUACACACUUUUACUAUUCAAAAUGGGUUUAAUUUCAGGUUUAGUAAUUUUACUAUUGGCGGCAGUUUUUGUUGAAUCAAUGUAUCAACAACAAUCUUCCUAUCCUCAAAGUCAAAGGCAACCAGAAUCAUGGAAUAAUCGACAGUCCUAUUAUCAUCGAAGUCAAAGUCAACCACAAUCAUGGAAUCAACAGUCUUAUUAUCAUCAUCAACACCAAAAGCAACCAUCGGAAUCCUGGCAUGGACAGAGGGUAAAUCACCAAUUCGAAAAACAACCAGCACCGUGGCAUAAGCAGUGGCCUUUUUCUCUUUUCUUCAAAAUGCCAUCAUUUUUUAAUCCUUAUACCCAACAGCCACCAACGUCAUGGAAUCCAACAUACUAUACUACAACUACGAAUCCAAGAAAUCAAAAUAGGCCAAUUGUUCCGCUACCUACACGCGCACCAUGAAAAAAGAUACAAUAUA